AUGAUGGGCCUCGCAGAACACCAAGCCGUGCUCCCCAACCUCCGCGACAUCGGCAACCUGCCCAUCCGGGCGACGUCGUCUGCGCCGCCGUCCGCCUCGAGAACGACGCGGCCCGGCCUCCUCUACCGCUCGGCGGCCCCGACCGCGGGCGCCAUCGAAGCCCUGCAAAGCCUCGGCGUCACGCACGUCUUCGACCUCCGCUCCGACGUCGAGGUCUCGCGCGCGGGCGGGCCCUCCGCCGCCGACGCCUGCUCGCACGCGCCGCCGGCCCCGGUGCGCGUCCACGUCCCCGUCUUCCAGCUCGUCGACUACACGCCCGAGGCCAUCGCCCUGCGGUACCAGGCCUACGCCGCCGUCGACACCACCGCCGGCUUCGUCUCCGCCUACCGGGGCAUCCUGAGCGCCGGCGGGCGGCGCGCCUUCGCCCCGAUCCUGCGGCACCUCGCGCAGGACCACCCCACGCCGUGCCUGGUCCACUGCACCGCGGGCAAGGACAGGACCGGCCUCGUCUGCGCCAUCGUCCUGUCGCUCUGCGGCGUCGACGACGACACCAUUGCCUGCGAGUACGCCCUGACCGACCAGGGGCUGGCGCCGCUCAAGAAGGGCAUCAUGCAGCGCCUGAUGAGUGCCGACGGCGUCACCGUCGACGAGGCCGGUGCGUCGAGGAUGCUGAGUUCCAGGCCCGAGAGCAUGCUUGCCACGCUCGAGGCCAUGAGGAAGGAGUACGGCUCCGUGGAGGAAUACGUCCUCAACGAGUGCGGACUGGCGCCCGACGACAUCGACCGCCUGCGACGCAACUUUGUUGUCGUGGCCGAGCCGCCCAACGGCCUGGACGCCUCGCGCGCGGCCUUGUGA